AUUACUUUGACAAAGACAUACUUGCUCCGAUCAACUUGGACCUGAACUUGAGACAUCUACCCAACAUCCUGUCUCUUUCUUAACGACUACUUUGAGACCCUUGAAGGGAACAGCUCCCGAUCGGUGGAGCUGUCCAUCCAGCCUCCACCAUGCAGUCCCCUAACAUGCUAACGAAGUUUGAAUCGAAGUCGUCGAGAGCCAAGGGAAUCGCAUUCCAUCCGAAACGGCCAUGGAUUCUGGUUUCGCUACACUCGUCGACUAUCCAGCUAUGGGAUUAUCGGAUGGGAACUCUAAUCGAUCGUUUCGAAGAGCAUGAUGGUCCGGUUCGAGGGAUUGACUUCCACAAAACCCAACCCCUCUUUGUUUCUGGAGGGGACGAUUACCGUAUCAAAGUAUGGUCACAUCAAUCAAGACGUUGUCUCUUUACCUUGACGGGACAUUUGGACUAUGUUCGAACGGUGUUCUUCCAUCAUGAACUUCCAUGGAUCAUUUCCAGCUCCGACGAUCAAACCAUAAAAAUUUGGAACUGGCAAAACCGGUCACUCAUUUGCACCAUGACCGGACACAACCACUACGCCAUGUGUGCCCAGUUCCAUCCCAAGGAGGAUUUGGUGGUUUCCGCUUCUUUGGAUCAGUCGGUGAGAGUUUGGGAUAUCUCGGGACUUCGAAAGAAACACUCCGCACCGACCACGAUGACCUUCGAAGAACAGAUCGCACGAUCCAACCCGAACCAAGCCGAUAUGUUUGGAAAUACCGAUGCAGUGGUGAAGUUCGUUCUUGAGGGUCACGAUCGAGGUGUCAAUUGGGUGGCUUUUCACCCCACACUUCCUCUCAUCGUUUCCGCAGGCGAUGAUCGAUUGGUUAAACUCUGGAGGAUGAGUGAGACCAAGGCAUGGGAAGUUGACACCUGUCGAGGACACUUUCAGAACGUUUCGGCCUGUUCGUUCCACCCACAUCAAGACCUCAUCCUCUCCGUUGGUGAAGACAAGACCAUUCGUGUUUGGGAUCUCAACAAGCGUACGGCGGUUCAAUCGUUCAAGAGGGAAAAUGAUCGGUUCUGGGUGAUUGCCGCGCACCCGGAGAUCAAUCUUUUCGCCGCUGGCCAUGACAACGGUGUGAUGGUUUUCAAAUUGGAGAGAGAGAGACCGGCUUCGGCUGUCUAUCAAAAUCAACUCUUCUACAUCACCAAAGAGAAGCAUGUCCGGUCAUAUGAUUUCUCCAAGAAUAUCGAAUCUCCCUCCAUGCUAUCCUUGAAAAAGAUUGGAAGUCCAUGGUUGCCACCAAGAACCCUUUCCUACAAUCCGGCGGAGCGAGCCAUUCUUGUCACAUCGUCUGCUGAUGGAGGAUCAUACGAAUUGGUUGCACUUCCACGGGAUGCUACCGGAGCCAUUGAACCGACCGAUACCAAACGAGGUACUGGGAACUCUGCUGUCUUUGUGGCCCGAAAUCGAUUCGCAGUCUUCACAAAAUCCAAUCAGCAGAUUGACAUCAAAGACCUUGCCAAUUCCACCACAAAAACGAUCAAACCUCCUCCAGGAACGACCGAUAUCUAUUUCGGUGGCACCGGAUGUCUUCUCAUGAUCACCGCUACCUCUGUUGUUCUAUACGACAUUCAACAAAAGAAACAACUUGCGGAACUUCAAGUCAAUGGAGUGAAAUAUGUGGUCUGGUCUAAUGAUGGACUUCAUGCUGCACUCCUCAGCAAACACAAUGUGACCAUCGUUACGAAGUCAUUGCAACAAAUCAGCACUUUGCAUGAGACGAUUCGUAUCAAGAGCGCAACAUGGGAUGAUGCUGGUGUUCUCCUUUACUCGACUUUGAACCACGUCAAAUAUACUCUCAUGAAUGGGGACAACGGCAUUGUUUGUACACUGGAUCAGACGGUUUACCUCCAACGAGUCAAAGGAAGGAAUCUGUACUGUCUUGAUCGAUAUGCGAAACCUCGAAUCUUGGCCAUCGACCCAACCGAGUACCGAUUCAAGUUGGCCUUGGUCAAGAGAAAUUACGACGAAAUGUUGAACAUCAUCAAAACCUCGAGUCUGGUCGGCCAGAGCAUCAUUUCUUACCUUCAAAAGAAAGGAUACCCGGAGAUUGCAUUGCAAUUCGUGCAAGACCCACAAACUCGAUUUGAGUUGGCACUUGAAUGUGGCAAUCUUGAUGUCGCGGUCGAAAUGGCCAAAGAACUGGAUCGACCGAAACUUUGGACUCGUCUGAGUCUAGAAGCAUUGGCACAUGGCAAUCAUCCAGUGGUUGAGAUGACUUACCAAAAGCUACGAAGUUUCGACAAGUUGUCUUUCUUGUAUCUUGUGACUGGCGACAAAGAUAAGCUUCGUCGAAUGGCGAAGAUUGCCGAACAUCGAGGCGAUACCAGUUCAAGAUUUCAAAAUUCUCUGUAUCUGGGCGAUGUACAGAAUCGAGUCGAGUUGUUGAAGGAAUUGGAUCUAUAUCCUCUUGCCUAUCUUACGGCGAAAUCGAAUGGUCUCAGCGAGGAGUGCGAAUCCAUCCUUGAAGCCACCGGUAUGACCGAGGAUCAAAUCAAACUUCCACCAAUGGGCGAACCUACCUCCAUACCGAAGCCGAUCGUUCCAACGUUCACAAGUCCAUGGCCUGCCAAGGUAACAUCGACGUCCGCCUUCGAAACCGCUUUGCUUGGUCCAGGGGAGGAAGACGUUGUUGCAACCAAUAGCGAGGAUCUUGAGGACGAGCCCGUGGAGCUGGAAGAAGGCGAUGAUGAAGAUGCUGCAGGAUGGGAUAUGGGUGAAGUUGAUGUGGACACUUCUGAAGAUUUCAUCAAUGUCGAAAGUGCCGAGGCUGGUGCUGGUAGCAGUGAAGCCGACUUAUGGACACGAAAUUCUCCUGUUGCUGCCGAUCAUGCAGCGGGUGGUUCAUUUGAGACGGCCAUGCAAUUGCUCAAUCGACAAGUCGGUGCAGUGAACUUCUCACCCCUGGAAGAUCGGUUCAUGGAGAUUUACCAAGCAUCUCGAACUCUGCUUCCCGCAUCCGUUGGUUUGUCUCCUCUGGUCAAUUAUGUUCGGAGGACCGUCAAUGAGACCGACUCGAGAAAACUCCUUCCCACCAUCCCAAGAGAUUUGGAGCAUAUCACCACGGUGGAUCUUGUUGCAGGGAAGACUCAAAUGCGGACGAACAAAUUGGAGGAUGGAGUCCGUACCUUCAAGGGUAUCCUUCAUGAUGUGAUGCUCAAUGCUGUUGGAACACAAUCGGAAGUUUCUGAGGCCAAACAACUCAUCCAUACUGCCGCCCAAUACACACUUGCCAUGUCCAUUGAACUCCAAAGGAGAUCCUUGACUGGAACAAGCACCGAUCUCUCCUCUUUCUCCGAUGAAACGAAGAAGCGAGCUUUGGAGUUGUCGGCUUACUUUACUGUUCCCGAAAUGGAACCUAAUCAUGUCACACUUGCCUUGUUUGCGGCAAUGAAUUUGGCACACAAGAACAAGCAACUGUCUUCGGCCCUCAGUUUCGCCAAUUCUGUCAUUGAGAAAGGAACGAAUGCUAAAUUUAAGGAGAGCGCAAGGAAAAUCAAGGCGAUCUGCGAACGAAACCCCAAUGACACCCUUGAAAUCGAAUUCGAUCAAUUUGCCGAAUUCGAUGUAUGUGCUGCUUCAUACACACCGAUCUACAAUGGGUCUCCAAGUGUUGCUUGUCCGUACGAUGGGUCCAAAUACCAUCAAAAGUACAAGGGGACGGUAUGUAAGGUUUGUGAGGUGGCCCAAAUUGGUGCCCCAGCUAGUGGGUUGAGGUUAACGGUUUGAUUUCAUGGUCCUGGACGGGAGAUCAAUGAUCAUGUUAUGAAGCAUGUCAAGGCGCCGUAUUAUCAAAUAGCGUUCUAAUAGUUCAAACUCGACCAUGUUUUCUCGAGCGAUAUUCAUACAUGCAGGUGGAGGUUGAGUCUGAUGAAACAGUAUGAUUAGAACCAGGUAAAUUCGGGCGUGUAUCAGAGUGAGGACCGCAUCGUUGAGCAGCGUUUUCAAGGUCCCCGCUUAUGAUGCGUUGAUAAUAAUAUGGUACUCUGUGCUUGUACCGGAUCUAAGACUGGAAUAAACCCAACACUUAGCCAUUCUAAUUCUAUUUAG